AUGCUGUUCCCUGUGGUUUUGUGUGCAGCCGCGCUCGUGGGGAGCGGUGAAGCCCAGCACGACGAAUGGAUCGACCCCACGGACAUGCUCAAUUACGACGCCGCGUCAGGAACAAUGAGGAGACCUUACAAGGCAAACUAUCAUGACUCUGAGGAUAAAGCUGUGGAUGCAGUCAGUACUGAAAUCUUACCGAGUUGUUCCAGGGAAGUAGACUCCUUGCAACGGAAGAUUGAAGAUUGUGAGAAGAGGAAUGCCAAAUCACGUGAAAGCCGUAGCUUUUAUAUUUUUAAGCGGUACUUGAAUAAGAUUUUAAAUGAAGCUGGAAAACUUGGCCUUCCUGAGGAAAACGUGGACCACGUCCAUUACGAUGCCGAGAUCAUCCUUACAAAACAGACGUAUUCGGAGAUCCUGAGGUUUCUCAACGAGGAGACGUGGCAGUCGGGUGCUGUGGAUGAUGCACUUAGUGACAUUUUGAUCAAUUUCAAGCACCAUGAUUAUAAAGCUUGGCACUGGAGAUUUGAAGACACUUUUGGAAUUGAUCUGUAUAAUAUGUUUCUGUUACUCUUGUGCCUGGUCUGCGUUGUAACUGUGAUUGCCACAGAGCUCUGGACACGUGUUCACUGGUUUGUUCAGCUAAAGCGUGUUUUAUUAAUAAGUUUCUUCAUCAGUUUUGCAUGGAAUUGGCUUUACUUGUAUAAGCUGGCCUUCGCGCAGCAUCAAGCGGAAAUUGCAAAAAUGGGGCAGUUUGAUAACGUCUGUGCUGAGAAGUUGCACUGGGGGGAAAGUCUUAUUGAAUGGCUCAGAAGUAAAUGGACGUUUCAGGACGAUCCCUGUCAGAAGUACUAUGAAACUCUACUUGUAAAUCCUGUGCUGCUGGUUCCACCCACAAAGGCACUGGCGAUUACUUUCACCAACUUUGUAACUGAGCCGUUGAAGCACGUUGGACAAGGCAUCGGUGAAUUCAUCAAAGCACUUAUGAAGGAGAUUCCGUUUAUUCUGCAGGUUCCAGUGCUCAUUAUGAUGGCUCUGGCUGUCCUGGCUUUCUUCUAUGGUGCAGGAUCAUCAGUGUCUAUGUUAAGAUACUUAACAUCUUUUCAGAAGAAAAGUCUUCCUCCACCUGACAGCCAACAGGAGAAAAUAGACUUUGGGCGUUAUGACGGGAGCGACCCCGACGGCUAUUAUUUGCAGAAGCUUCCUUACACUCACAGAGGCCCUUUUGACAGAGGAGAUGCUCCAGGGAGACCUGGAAACGGCAGCAGAGGUCCUGACGUGGCGCACACAAGCAACGAGCCAGAUACGCAAGUAGAAGAGCCUCACAAACCAGAACCUGGCAAGAGAUUGCACGCAGACUGUGAAGUCUGUAGACUAGAAACUAUCACAGCUGAACACCUCAGUGAAGACCACGCACUUGAGCAGCAGAAACAGGGGACAGGCAAAGCAGAGCAAGAGACGGAAGAAAAUUGUGAUGCUGGUAGAAACCAGGAAAGGAAGAAUUCGGAGGUUGAACCAUGUCACAAGAAGAAAAGGAGCAGCUCACGUGACUCACAGACCGAGACGAGAGAAGCCCCGAGCUCCGUGGUGAGUUUUGUCUGA